AUGAGUCCUAUUGCUACUAUCAAUGGCGCAGUUACUGCAUUUUACCAAAGCUCAACUUUAAUCAGCAUUCCAGAGCUCACCUACACUGGUGCCAGCCUGUCCAUGACGUGUGAGCCUCCAGAAAACUUUAAUGUGGAACAAAUUUUCAGUUCCAGGUGGACAUUUAAUGAACGGGAAAUCAAAGAUGGUGGGAGGUUUAAAAUAACGAAUUCCAACAAUCAGUCCAUUCUUGAAAUUAACAACGUCAUCCUUGCUGAUAGUGGACCUUACAGUUGUAAUCUUAUCAAAAGAGACGUGGAAUUACAACAAAAAGGAUUUGUAUCAGGAAGCAACAUCCAACAAGCUCCUGUUAUACGUCUUCAGAGUGAACUUAAUGUAAAAUGUGUAACUGGACAGAUACAACCACUCACGUGUUGUGUGCAGCUUCAGUACAAAAUCAAAUGGUUUCAAGGCACAGACCUGUUGAGCUCAGCUCCUGUUACAGAUGAAGACGCCAACUGCAUCAAGCAUGACUACAAACUAGAAAACUGCACUGGAUCACAGGAAGAUCGAAUCACUUUUACAUGCAAGGUAGAUGAACCAUCAAGUUAUGAAAUGACAUCGACAAUGAGGAUCUUCAAAGACGAUUUCAAAUGCAAUGACGCUCAGUAUGGGACCGGCCAAGUAGGAGACACAGCCAUCAUUGGGUGUGAUGAAGGUCAAGAGGGGAACAAGAUGGCGGAAUGUCAGGAAACGAGCGAGUGGAAACUUGUAGAGGACACCUGCAUUAUAAUAAAAAUCAGAGAAUUACUGAUUGAGUCACAGGAUUUGGUUGAGGAGGAAAUACCAGCAUUUGUAGGGAAUCUAAGUGAAGUUGUCCAGACACAAAAAACUGACGUUGCAAAUUCAACUGCAACCAUAUCAGCUAUUAUUGACAUCCUAACCACUGUUGCAAGUGUUUCAAAUGUUGCAGAUGAAACCAUCAUGCAGAAUAUCCUAGAGACUGUUGAUGUCAUCAUUGGUGAAGAAGCAAGAGAGUCUUGGGUAAUUUUGAAUGCAAAUGAGACCCGCAAUGCCAGCUCGGAAUUAUUGGGUUCACUGGAGACUCUCUCCAGUGAUUUGAUCGGAGAGUUUGCCAUUAGGACUCCAAGGAUCCUACUAAACAGAACCGCAUUUGAUGACUCCUUCAUGGCAGACCUGAACUCCAGCAUCGUCAUAAACAUAACAGAAACCAGCAGGAGCAAUGUCUUUAUUACCACCAUCCUCCUCUCAACCUUUAAUAUUGUAAUGCCGACACGAAACUCCACCUUUGAUUUCAGCCUCUUCAACGCGACCAGCAAUGAAACUGCCAGUGAUGAUGCCAUCAAUGCAGCUGUGUUGCUUGUCAAAGUAAAUACCACGGUUCAGAAUGUCCUUCUGAGCUUCAACAAGCUGAACAGCUCCUUGAAAAUAAACCCGCAGUGUGUCUUCUGGAACUUCACACUCUUCAAUAACUUUGGUGCUUGGGAUAAUGAGGGAUGUACGUUUGUUUCCGACAUAAACAACACAGUAACCUGCAGCUGUGACCACCUGACCUCCUUCUCAAUUCUAAUGGCAACAAACAUCCCUCCAUCACUGAGAGAGGCUUUGGAUAUAAUCACUUAUGUUGGAGUUGGGAUAUCUCUGGCAAGCUUAGUUAUAUGUCUGAUUAUUGAAGGGUACAUUUGGAAAGCCAUUACCAGGAAUAGCACUGCCUUCAUGCGUCACGUUUCCAUUGUAAAUACCGCCCUGUCUCUGUUGAUCGCUGAUAUCUGUUUCAUCAUUGGUUCCUCUAUAGCAAACAAUCCCCUUGAGAACCCAGGGGAGGACUACGAGCUUCCUCUUGGACCAUGUAGCACUGCAACAUUUUUUAUGCACUUUUUUUACCUUGCUCUAUUUUUUUGGAUGCUCGUGUCAGGCCUUUUGCUCUUUUACAGGACAGUCAUGGUCUUCUCGUACAUGUCCAAGUCAACCAUGUUGGCCAUUGGUUUCUGUUUAGGAUACGGCUGUCCUCUGAUUAUAGCUGUAACAACUGUUGCUGCCACAGCACCGGGCAAAGGAUACAUCAGGAAAACCGAGGCUUGUUGGCUGAACUGGGUGGAGACAAAAGCCCUCCUGGCCAUGGUGAUACCAGCCUUGACCAUAGUUUUCAUAAAUUUUUUAAUUGUAAUUGUUGUCUUAUUCAAAAUGCUGAGAAGAGGUGUGGGAGACGCUGCACAAACGGGUGAAAAACACACUCUGGUGGUCAUAACAAGAUGUUUGGUCAUUUUGACUCCUUUAUUUGGAUUGACCUGGUCUUUGGGUGUGGGAACCAUGGUAUCAUCAACAAAUAAAGGACUCCAUAUUGCCUUUGCAUUCUUCAAUUCACUACAGGGUUUCUUCAUUUUAUUGUUUGGGGUACUACUCGAUUCGAAGACUCGUUCUCUCCUCGCAAGGCGAUUACCUCCAACAAGCACAGGCUCCAAUUCUUCGAGGAGUACAGGUGCUGGCAUUUCCUCCUUAAGUGGAAGCAAUUUUAUAGGCAGACUACUUGGAAGAAGAAAUGUCUAUCAUGUUUCACAAGCUGCAAACACAAACAGCAGCGGUGCAACGGAGUCAUUUAGUAAUAUAUGAAUCAAUGAAACAAGCUGUACACGUAACGUUUGUUUGAUUGAUCAUUCAGACGAUCUCAGAUAUCGUUGUUUUUUUUCUAAAGUCAAAAACAGAAGUUGUGAAAUCAGGAAGAGAAUA